UUCAACGGUUACACACUCCACUGCUGCUGUAAAGUCAUCCCAAUACUAUCCAACAAAAUGAAAUUCAUCAUUGUAUUUGCUGCUCUUUUCGCCCUUACCAUGGCCAACAAAGAUGCCGAAAUUUUGCACUACGAAAACAAUGUUGAACCCGAAAACUUCAGCUACUCCCUACAGACCAGCGAUGGUAAGACUGCCGAAGAACAAGGAGUUCUUGAAAAUGCUGGCACCGAUGACGAAGCUCUUUCGGUUCGUGGAUCUUACUCGUACAUUGGUGAUGAUGGUGUUACUUAUCAAGUCAACUAUGUUGCUGAUAAAAACGGUUUCCAACCACAAGGUGCUCACAUUCCAGUUGCUUAAGUAGCUGAAUAUUUGUAAAAAAAGACUGUUAUUAGAUGUAAAUAGAUAGAUAAAUUAAUAAAAAAAAACAAUUGAUAUAUAAACAAGUAA